GUCUGCUGCUGAAGUGGUGACUUUGGAGCCCAAUCUGAGGAGACACAGGAGGCCUGCGUUCAUGUAAUCGACAGGUAGUCGUUAGUUGCAGCCCUGCGGGAGACUCGCGGCCGUCUUGAGGGAAGUGGAGGUGUUUUCUACGUGCAGGGCGCCCGAUCGCCCUCAUUUAUUCUCCCUCCACCUCAACAAGAAACGCUUCAUUGUGACCAAGAGUGUGUGUCUGUGUUCUUCACGCUUCGUUUGGGAAUCACAGCCGGAAAACACCCCCAUGCAUUUCCAGGAGUGGUUACGGUCACUUCGCUCCAGCGCUGGACUCAAAGGGUCUGAAUCAGAGGACUUCUGGAGCCUUCUGCCGUCCCUGCCUCUGUCCUCCUUCUCCCUGUCUUCCCUGUCUCUGUCACCCUCCUCUCUGCUGGGUUUAGGAGCCCUGGCGUCUCUCACUGCGUACUGGCUGGUGACCCGUCCUCGACCCAUGCGUCCCCCCUGUGAUCUACAAGCCCAGUCUGUAGCUGUGAAUGGAGAUCCCAGCUGCAGGCGAUCGGCUCUCCUUAAAGAUGACUCACUGCUGGAGUUUUACUACGACGACACCAGGACGGCCUACGACAUGUUCCAGAGAGGCCUGAGGAUCUCAGGAAACGGCUCGUGUCUCGGCUUCAGAAAGCCGGGGCAGCCCUACCAGUGGAUCUCCUACACCGAGGUGGCGGAGAGGGCGCAGGUCCUCGGCUCCGGGCUGCUGGCCAAAGGCUGCCGGCCGAACCCGAAGCAGUUUGUUGGGAUCUUUGCACAAAACAGACCAGAGUGGAUCAUCUCAGAGCUGGCAUGCUACACCUACUCCAUGGCAGUGGUUCCUCUGUAUGACACACUGGGGCUGGAGGCCAUGGUCCACAUACUCAACCUGGCGGAGAUCUCUCUGGUGAUCUGCGACCGGGAGGAGAAAGCAGCGUCUUUGUUGGAGAACAAGGAGAAAGGCGAGACUCCGACGCUCUCCUGCCUGGUUCUCUUUAACGAUUUCAGCGACGCCUUUGUGGAGAGGGCGAAGAACUGCGAGGUGGAGGUUUUGAAACUGGAGCAGCUCAUGGACCUGGGAAGGCAGAACCUCAAAGAUCCUGUGCCGCCCCAGCCUCAGGAUCUGGCCGUGGUUUGCUUCACCAGUGGAACCACAGGGAAGCCCAAGGGAGCCAUGAUCACCCACGGCAACAUCGCCUCCAACACUUCCUCUGUCAUUAAGAUCCUGGAGGGUUCGUUUGUGAUCCGGCAAGAGGAUGUGUCGAUCUCGUACCUGCCGCUUGCCCACAUGUUUGAGAGGAUGAUUCAGGUCUCUAUGUUCUGCCAUGGGGCCAGAGUUGGUUUCUACCAAGGCGACAUUUCUCUCCUCAUGGAUGACAUUAAAACUCUCAAACCUACCUUCUUUCCUGUUGUGCCUCGUUUACUCAACCGCAUCUAUGACAAGAUCCUGGGUUCUGUGAGCUCUCCGUUGCGGCGGGCUUUGCUUCACUACGCCGUGAGGAGGAAGCAGGCGGAGCUCAGCAGCGGCGUCGUACGCAACAACAGCCUGUGGGACAAGCUGGUGUUCAACAGGAUUCAGGCCAGUUUAGGCGGGAACCUGCGGUUCGCCCUGACUGCUUCGGCACCCAUCUCCCCCGCGGUGCUGUCCUUCCUCAGAGCCACUCUGGGCUGCCUGAUCUUUGAGGGUUACGGCCAGACAGAGUGCACCGCGGGCUGCACUUUCUCGAUGCCGGGAGACUGGAGCGCAGGUCACGUUGGUGCUCCUUUGCCCUGUGCCAUGGUGAAGCUGGUCGACAUCCCUGACAUGAACUACUAUGCUAAAAACGGAGAUGGAGAGAUCUGCAUUCGUGGCCCCAGUGUGUUCAGAGGCUACCUGAGGGACCCAGAAAGGACAUCUGAAGCUCUGGACAGCGACGGCUGGCUGCACAGUGGCGACGUGGGCCAGUGGCUUCCAAAUGGGACACUACGCAUCAUUGACAGGAAGAAGCACAUCUUCAAGUUGUCCCAGGGAGAGUACAUCGCUCCGGAGAAGAUAGAAAAUGUCUACAUGCGUUGCUAUUCUGUGCUUCAGGUGUUUGUGCACGGAGAUAGUUUACAGUCUUAUCUCAUAGGCGUAGUCGUACCUGACCCUGAGGUGUUUGUUGACUGGGCGAAAGAGCGGGGGUUUGUGGGAUCCCAUGAAGAGCUGUGCCAGAAUCCUGAUGUAAAGAAGGCAGUACUAGAGGACAUGACCGCAGAGGGGAAGAAAGCAGGGCUGAAGUCCUUUGAACAGGUGAAGGACAUCCACCUGCAUCCAGAAACGUUCAGUAUCGCCAACGGCCUCCUCACCCCCACGCUGAAAAGUAGACGCGCCGACAUCCGCAGAGUCUUUCAAGAGCAAAUAUCGAGCAUGUACAGCAAGACGGCCAUUUAAAGGACUCCACUCGGUAGCUCGCCUGAGGGUUACUGGUGUCCAUUAAGGGAAAUGAGGCAGGGACCUGGAAGAAAAACAAUACGUCCAACAGUGCCUUAUCUAAAACAUACAGUGAUGGAAUAUUCAUAUUUUGCUUCAAAGAAGUUUUACGCCCACCUCUUGCACGUGUAACGUUUUAACUCUUCACAUGAAAAAUAAGACCGAACCAUUUUUCCUCCCCACAGUCUCACUAUGGUCCUUCACUAAUUCAGAGCUAAAUAAAUUAUUGUUUAGUCGUAGAGAUAAAAUCACAGAAGCUAUUAGGAAACGACCUGCAGAGACGUAAAGUUAGAUGUUAAAUUUCCUGCUCUGUUCUUCUCCCGUGCGAGGAUUUUAAAAGGGACUCUGUUGCACGUACUUGGGGCGUUGUUACUCGUAGAACUUGCAUUAACUGUAGAUUUGUAUUUUACAGUUGGGCCCUUUUCUCGCCAUGACAUCAGCUUUUCAUGAACAUCCUCGAUCUUAGCUCGACAGUCGUGCAUUUUUCUAAUUGGUUCAGUGUGAGCAUGUACAAUCGAUUCCAGGAAAAGUUGGGACUGUGUAAAGCCUAGAUAAAAACACAAUGAGAUCAUUUGUAACUGAACUGUGACUUUAUGAAGUUCCUGAGUCCAUGUGUUAGUCUCCUUUAUCCAAUCAUGUGUUCACAAAGUGGUGAACCUCGCUCCAUCCUCGCUGUGAACCACUGAGCCUUUCCAGGAUGCUCCUUUCAUACCCAAUCAUGA